CUCCAAUAGGAAAUCCAGCUAUAGCCUCAGUAGAAAAUCCAGCACCAGCUCCAGAAAACGAUCUCAUUUCAUUUGAUAAAAACCAACCGAUGCAUCAGCCAGCCCAGCUGAGAAAAAAAAAUGUGCCACCUGUCGAUCUUUUAACUAAUGAUAUUUCAAAUAUAAAAGCUGGGCCAAGAAUUAAAAAUAAUAAAAAAAUUAGAUCAAACCCUAUACCUAAAACAGAUGAAGAAUGGUAUGAUUUAAUGGAAACUGAUAAUAAAGAUAGUGAACCAAGCGAUUCAGAAUAUAAUACAGCGGAUGAAGAUCCAGAUAUAUAUUUCGAAAAAAGAAAAGAUCCAUAUAUUAAUAGAAUAUCGGAAACUGAAAAAUUUAAUGAAGGAGAGGUAUGUGAUUACUAUGCAUUUGUGCCAAAAGGUUAUUAUGCGGAAAACGAGCCAUUAGGCUUUUUUGAAUCAAUUGAGGAAAAAAUUGCUGAUGUGUAUAAAAAAGAAUUAGUUUUAAAGAGAGGAUUAAAGCCAACAUUUAAAUCAAUUCCAUUCAAAUAUAGUACAAUAGAAAUAAUAAGAGAAGAUAGAAUUAAUGCAACUAUAAAAAAAGGAUAUAAUGAAAUUAUAGAUGAAAUAGAAGAUGAAGCAUUACAAGAGUCAGGAUGGUCUUUUGUUCGAGCAGAAGAGGUAUUUCUCGAGAUAAGUGCAUUUAGACCAUUGCGAGGUAGUAGUUAUUUAGCUUUACCGAAAGCUUUAGAUAAACCUCUACUAGGAUUAAUUAAUCCACAAAAUAAUGAAGAUAAUGAACUUAGACGUAAUGCAAAUAUUGCUAAUUUUGAAGGUAUAAAAUUUCCAGCAACACUACAUGAUGUUGAUAAAUUCGAGGAAAAUAAUCCAAACUAUGCUAUAAAUAUAUUUCCACCAUUUUAUAGAGAAGCUUUCAGAAAAAUAAUAGUAGAUAUAGACCUAUUACAUAUUUCAGAACGAAAUUAUCAAGUAGCACAUAUGAUAGAUUUAUUAUAUUUAACAGAAGAUUUUGAGCGAUUAUUGCAUAAGUGGAAUAAUCAUCAUGGAAAGAAAUACUUUUGUCGAAAAUGCUUGCGAUUUCCAUAUAGUAGAUUAGAUCUAUUACAAGAACACAUUCCUAAAUGCCCAGGUUCAAGUAAAGCCUCACAAUAUUUAAUUCUUCCAGAAGAAGCUGAAGAGAUCGAAGUAGAAAAAGAAGAUAAAGAAGGAAAUACUAUAAAAGAAGCAGAGCAAAAAGUAAUUUCAUACGAAUAUACAAUACAUUGUUCAGAUGGAAAAACUCAAAAACCGGUAAUUAAUCGAGAAUCAAAAAACAUAAUAAAGGACUUAAUGUAUAAUCUUCAAGAAGAUCUAGAUGUUAUUUUAAAUAAGCUCUGUGAUCCUCUUCCAUGUGAAAAAUUGAUACCAAAAUUAUGGAGGCAGUAUCAAACGGCAAACAAAUGUUGGAUAUGUGAAAAAAAAUUACACGAAUCAGGAUACAAUAAAAUUCGGGUAUUUGAUCCAGAAACUAAAAAAUAUUUAGGAGCUUUGCAUAGAAAAUGCCACAGGAAAAAGCCAAUGAUUCAAGGUAAAUGGAAGGAUGAAAAUGCAGGUAUCAGAGUUACUGGUUAUGUCGGGGUUAGAGCGAAAUGUUAUAGCGUUAUUACAGAAAAUCCACAAAAAAAUAUGAUCAAAGCGAAGGGUCUUAAAAAAUCUCUUAUCAAAAAAGAGCUUACACAUAAAAUAUUCGAGGACUGUGUUUUAGAAAGAAAAGAGGAUCAGCCACGAACUGCACAAUUCCUCUGA